AAUAAAACUAAGCUACAAAUCAAUAAAAGUAUACAUAAUACAAUUUCACAAAUAAUAAAUUAAUUAAUCAGAAACUCAAUAUAGUAACUUAAUUUAAUAUUAUUAGUUACAUUCAUUAUAAAUGGUUAUACAAAAGAGGUUUAUUUAAAACAUCCGUGCCUGUAUUAUUACUAAUUAGUAUACAAAUAUUAGAAAUUAGUAUUCAAUUAAAAUCCAGUUCUCAAUAUGAUACUACUGUUAAGCAUUUAUUCUACUUUAAUUUACCAUGCGGCUUGUCUUGAUUACGACGGAUGGCUAAAUAUUAAAGUCGAACAUUCAUUGAAUUGUAAUGGAGACAAAUAUUGUAAUCGCGGGACAAUAUCUUUAAAGAGUAUUAGAGCUGGAACUGCAAUAAUAGAACAAACUGCAUUUAAUAACAAUCAUAUAGAAGAGUUGAAGGAGUUGUCCCAGUUUGAUGGAUUUUAUACUAUAAGAACUUUAGUUACCACAGCAGACAGCAAAGAGACUGAAUUUUUGUCAUCAGUAAAAGCUAAAGCUUUCUUAGAGAAUGGACUUUCUGAUGUUAUAAGUGCAUGGGUUUUACCAAAUGGUGAAGUAAUAGCAGUUACAUUUCAAGUCAUGAAUGCAUCUCAACCUAAUCAAUUAAAACAAAAUUCUGAAUACCAGAUUAAUUCCAAUUUCUACCUUCGUCAUGUGGAUCAGGCUCCUGUACCAGAUACUGCCUCUUACAUUCAAAAGUUGGAAAGAGAGAAAGAAGCCAGGGAAAAGGGUGAUUUGAAAGAUAAUAGACCAUUCUUGUCCAGAUAUUGGAUGUACAUAGUUCCAGUUGCAAUAUUUGUAUUGAUAUCUGGUGUAGGAAAUCCUGAAGGAGGUGCUCCACCAUCACGCUGAAGGAUGUAAUUUAAUUUGCUUCUUUAUAUAUUUUUAUUAGAGUAAUGUGGAUUGUAAUUAUAAUGGUUUAAACAUAAUAAAAAUUGUU